AUGACGCUGCCUGGCAUCGAAGGAUUCAGAAAUGUGUACGAAAUUCUGGAAGCUGUCUCGGCUGGCGACAAGGUCAGGCUCCGCCGCGCUGCUCGCAAGAUCCGUCUGGUUUUGAUGUGUGCCGAUGACAGCUGUCUGGAUAAUGAACACCGCGCCUCUCUGACGGCCAUCCUCGGUCUUCUGGUCACCGACUGGAAUGAAGCUGAAGCAUACCUCAAUGUACGCGCCAAGGCAGCUCUCUGCUGCAAGAACGCCAUUGCUCGUGUCGACGAAGAGGUGCGCCACCUGCUGCUCGAAGAGCUCAACAGCAAACAGAGAAGAUACACACCUCAUGCUUCAGUCAUGAAGAGCAUCAAGGUCUGCAACGAGCGUGAAGCAAAGGAGAACCUGCAGGAGCUUGGCUUGGGUUUCAAGUAUCCCACCUUGAAGAUGUUCCCAGAGCGUGCCUUUGAUCACUCGGCGUCGAUGCAAGUGCUUGAGGGAAGAGCUAUGGAACAGAAGUUCAAGAUCCCCGUCGAAAUGGAGAACGCUAAUCUUCUGGACUUCCUCUUCGACGGCUACUUUGAAUCGCUCCUGAAGCAUCACAAGAUGGAAGCUCUCAACGACUUUGAUCCCAACAUCGAUGAGGCUCCCGUUGCCACAUUCUCCAGUGCAGAGACUCCGGACGCCGUACCCGAGCCCAAGAUCCUGUCGUCCGAGGAGGUCGAGCGAAAGAGAGCCAAGAACAAGAAGCGUAACCAACGCAAGAGAGCCGCAGAGAAGACCAAGAAGAAGGAGUAUGUCGCUACCAGCUCUGACCUUGAGUCCGAAGCCAACAACGAUCCUGAGGUCAAGCUCGAGACCAGUAUGGCUCUCGUCAAGAUCACGUCGUCUUCCAACAGCUCCUUGACAGAAGACGAUGUACUCCCCAAGGUCAAGUUCAUUCCUCGAGCCAUGGACAAGGGAUGGAUGAGUCAUCCUUGCUUGAGCUCGGAAUCAUGUAACAAGCUCUUCAUCAAGCUUCAGGAAGCAAUGCUUCGCGUGCCUACCGGCAACCUGGAGAGACGUGUCUAUGGUUCCUAG